GAAAAAAAUGUUUCAUUCGCUUGGACGAACUUAAUCUGAUUGAUUUCAAAUAUACUAUUGACUAAAACUAAGGACAUUUGAAGUAAAAUUAAGGACACUUUCCCAAAUCAUCGAAAUUAAGGACAUGUCCUUUAAAAUAAGGACGGUUGGUAACCCUAGCAAAGGAAAAAAAACUUCUGAACAGCUGAUCAGCCAAGUAAACAAAGAGCGCACCAAAUGUCAUUCCGGUCCAAUAGGAGCUCGGAAAGUACCGCUAUGUAACGCAGCGUGUACUGAUUCAUACUUUCGCAGUUGCUCUUUCCCCGUUAUUCCAUUCAUAUCUACGCUUGCAGUGCAGUGAAUUUAGAUGCUGAUUUUAUUUAGAACAUCUUUUUGAUUAUUCGAACUGUCGCAAAUAUUUUGACACAAUCAAUGAAAUUCGUGGUCAUAUUGAAGUAGUCAAUUCCACAGUUCCAAAAGUACAAAAAUCACUCAAGUUCCAGAUCAUUAAGAACACGUGUGCCCUUUCGCUGUUUUGCAACAGAGUUAUGCUGCUAAGCGACGAUGACAUGAGAGUCGCAACCACAUGGUCUCCGACUGACCUAAUCGAUGCGAGCAGCUGCGAUGAUGGACUAGCCGUGAUUUUGCUCAAUCGACCUAUUCUACUGCAUAAGGACUACUUUCGCUCUGUUUGGAAUAAUGCAAAAAUCCGCAUUACCGUUGACGGGGGUACGAAUAGAUGGGUGGACUUUGUUAAGGAAAAUAUUGGCACAGAAGAACAAUUGAAGCCACCCGAUCUGGUGACGGGAGAUUUCGAUUCCUGCACCGAUGAAUCCAUGUCGUACGUAACGCGGUUAAAUUGUAAGAUAGUUAAAACACCCGACCAGAAUGCUACAGAUUUUACAAAAUCUCUGAAAGCCCUCCAAACCGCCGGUUACGAUAGCGAAAUAAGUAGGAUCCUGGUGUUGUGUGAAAGUUCCGGCCGGUUGGACCAAAUCAUGGCCAACAUUAAUACUUUGUUCCUGGCCCGUGACAUUCUACCGAGUGCAUUUGUAUUCUUGCGAUCCAGUAACUCUCUCAGUUGGCUGCUACCAGCGGGAACCCACUUAAUUCAAAUUCCCCCUCGGUUGGUACACGAACGUAUCUGGUGUUCGCUUGUUCCUAUUGGACAGCGGGCCGUAUGUAGCACGAGUGGAUUGCACUGGAACCUCGACAACCGGGUGAUGGAGUUUGGUAGUCUGGUAAGCACGUCGAACACUUACUCCAGCCAGGAUGUUCAAAUUCAAACUGACAGCGCCGUCCUAUGGUCAAUGGGAACGACCCCGAAGGAUAUGUGAUAAGAAGAGUAUUCCCUGCAACUGAAAAUACACGUUCAUGUCAACGGGCUUUUAGGUGCCUAAUACAA